AUGGCCAAAAAAUGCGCCCACUGGCUCUGGUAUCGAGGGGGCCGACAUCCGACCAUUUCCAUGUCUGCCAGGCUCGGCGAGGUCACCAGUAGUUUAUCUGGUGUAGAGAAUUGCCCAAGUCUUGUAACAGUGGUAGGUUGUAGACAGCUCCCUGAUUUCUUCGAAAAACCAAAAAGGCAGUCUGGUCAGUUCUGUUUGAAUCUAUCCGAAGGAAGUCCUGAACCACUCCUUGUGGCGACUUCAAGUCUUUACAAACAGCAUGGCAAUAAAUUGUCCUGUUGCAUUGCGGAAAGAGAAUGCCAACUCUCGGCCGGUAAAGCAGGACCAGAAGUCCAGAAUAACGUAUUUUCAGAUCUGCUAUAUCCUUUCAGCGACGUCUUUUGCUUCGUCUCCUAUAGCAACGACGACUUGAGAAAUAUCGCGCAUCAAAUCGCCCGGUGGACAAAGCAAUGCAAUACUGAUAUUCGCAAGAAGUUUCUCCCUCGCCUGGUAGUCGUCCUAGAUGGAAGCCAUCUACUGGAAACACUUGCAGAGACAGUGGCCGAAAAGCUCUUAAAUAGAAUCGUCACUGACUCAGGAAGUCAUGACUUGAGCCAUUAUUUUUCAACUCUUUGUGUAGUCAAGAUGAACAAGGGACACACCUUUGCUGCCUUGCAGCCAAUUUUAAGCCGAGAAGCAGCUGCUGUCCGGGAAGGGCGUUGCCAAUUCAGACAGCUCUUUUCCGUUCAACAUUUGAAGUGUUUGAUCGACAGGGCUUUCGAUGCAAUGGGCAAUAUCGAAAUAUCGUUUGACCCAAUUGUCGCUUCCCGGCAAGAUUUUCCAGUCAACCCAGAUCUUGCUUUACAUAUACAAAAUUUUGUCGAGAGGCUUACUUCUCCUAGAGACCUGUUAGAUUUCGCUGUUGAAACCAUCGCAUCGAGUAUACUGUUGAAUCAUUACCCACCAGGCAUGCAUUGUACGUACAACACAUUUACUCUUGUACUUGCCCCUCUAAUUUCCCAGAUAGUAUUCCAUCCGGCAGAAGUCUUCUGCAAACUAUACGAGCAGGCCUGCCUCGAAGCCGGCCGGCGUGCGUUUCAGCUGGAUCUGGCUGGCGGUGUCCUGCAUCCUCGGGCAUUUACUGAUCAGAUAUCUAAACACUUCGAGCAAUUCUUUCAACGCCUUGUUUUUGAAAAGUCGGCAGUUAAAGUUCAUCUCUCGACCCUGCAAAAGCAUUCUGAGAGAUGGGCUGAUAUUAGGAGCAAUAAGACAUGCUUAGCAUGUCUGGCUAAGCACCCGCAAUAUAAGUCACUCUGCGGUCACUGGUUGUGUGAGAACUGCCUGCUCAUUUUUGGCAAAUCUGAUAAGUCAGACCCAUGGCUGCUGGUAUUAGAAGACUGCAUACUAUGCGGCAAAGAUGCUGCGCUAUAUGUGAAAGUAAGACCACCCACGGCGGGACACAGCAUUUUAUGCAUUGAUGGAGGCGGCGGACGCGGCAUAAUCCCAAUAACCAUACUCUGCAUGAUCGAAGAAGCUUUGGACCUAGACAUACCAAUUCAGGAGUUCUUCACUCACGUUUAUGGCUCAAGCGCCGGUUUGUCGUCUGUAUCAGAACUUCGGGCUACUCUCGCAACUGACAUGUCCUCUCUAGGUGCUUUAGUAUUGCUCACUUUGUACAUGGAAGGCUGGUCGGCGCGAAGAUGUGCAGCAGAAUUCGAGAGCCUGGCUCUAGAGGCUUUCCGGCCGCGGGUUGAGAGCACUGUCUCCCUUCAGCAUGUUCACGGACACCAGAAACUCACUGACCCCUCACAUGCCCACACUAUUGGCGCUAAAAUUGGUGUUCUGACCGCCAACACCGAUCAGCCGACCAUCCAUCUCUUUAAUAACUACAAUGGACAUGGAGAAGAAAGGGCAGGCUAUUGUGCGAUGGAAGGCUACAGAUACUUCCCUGCUAAAAGAAUCGAGACUUUGGCAGCUGAUGCAGCAGGUAGAGACAGUGGGGGCAUUGGUAAAGUAUUUUGCGACGCUGGGGUUAUUCAGAACAAUCCCAUAUUUCUCGCCCGAACAGAAUUCGCAGCUCUAAAUGGAGAUGACGAACCAGACUUCAUACUAAGUGGUGGCACAGGAUACUCAGCACCAGCUGCGAAAAUAGAAAAGAAAAAGGGUCCCAAGUGGUUAGUAUGCCUCUAUGACGCACUCAUGUCCUGCAUGGAUGGGAAAAGAGAUUGGGAUAAAUAUAUGGGAUGCCAAAAACAAAGCUCAGUUGACAGGAACUACAGGCUGGACGUCGAACUCCCAGAAACCACGGGCCUUGACGACGUAACUGCCAUUCCCGCUCUCAAGGCUCUGGUGUACAACGACAAGAAGCUAAACAAACUCGUCAAAGAAGUUCUGGUCUCUGUGUUAUUUCCCACUUUGUUUUAUCUUGACCUUGAAGUGCCUCCUACAAGAGCAGGGUCUAAAUUCAACGUUCAUGCGCAUAUCUUUUGUGUACGAGCGGUGGAUGACAAAUCGUACCGGAAAGUCUCGCAACGCUUUAGAAAUUCUAUCAUCUUGGUCAACGGCAAGCACACCCCUUCCACAUUCGAAACAGACGAGUGCGGACGAGUGCGACGGUCAUUGUCUUUUUAUACCGGGGACUUGCUGCAGAUUGAAUUGAGGGCUCCAGGUGUAAAGUCAGCCUUCCCAAUCAGCGGCUCACCUACCUCACUUAGUAAGCUAGUGGUGCGGAGUGGUUGGUCCGCAUAUUUUGGCCAGAGCACACACAAACGGAGAGAAACGCCGGACAUAUGCAACAGGCCGCGACAACGACCGAAUCUUUACCACCUACUGUGCCCUGUCAAUGCUGGUGACAAGACAGGGGUGUCCUCCCCUACCACCCUUGAACAGACGGGGUUGUGCAGCCAGGGGAGGGUGGCAGGUUGUUGGUUGACCUGA